UUGGCGCGUUAGAACGUCCAUGUGAAGAUCCCCCUCGGUUUCGGCCAUGCACCGCUAUUUUCGACGUGAAAUGCGGCUGCCGAGGGCAAUUUAAAGCGACGUUUCAUAUUUUCCCAACAGGUCGAGACUAUGGAGAAACCAGGUUAGGGCAUGUCCACACGAGCACGCCCAAGUGGCAUGACGCAGACUCCGUUUCAAAUGACGGUCAAUUUCAAGCCAAAUGAGGCCUCAGCAACAAUGACGUCGCUCGCCAUCUCGUUCUAGACCCGAGCUCAGAGCCCAGAGAUCUAAUAAAAGUCUGAUCAUUUCUGCAUCGAACGUCCAAGCUCGCUGUUAUGUAAGUUGCAUCAUCGAAAUCGACAGCAACGCCAUCGCAGCUUUUCUAGAAACUCCUUAUCGCGUAUACGUCAUCUUUAUAAGAUCUACCCAGAAAUACCCCCUUCCCCCCCCUUCACCGUGCGCCAUCGUCCGUGAGCGUCACCAUUCUACGUCGACUACUGCCCGGACGUUCACAUUGAACAAGGACAUCAUCCGUCAAGAUGCUCACCAACCGCCGUUCGACGUUGAUGAUCCCGGGUGCCGGGAACAUGACCGGCCGUCCAGCCUCCCACAACCCGGGGGCAACGCCGACGCUCAGCAGCCUGAGACCAGAAAACGAACCUCAGUGCGCGUCACCGUCGAUCCUGACGACCACUACACCCGAGCUCUCGGGCUACCGCAUCACCAGGGUACUUGGCACCGCAUAUGGUUCGACGACAUAUGCUAUCAAGGACACGAAGUCGCUGCUGAAGGCGGCUAUUACGGGCUCCGAGAUCCGCAAUCUCACGCACAUGGCCUAUAACGCGAGGGACCGAGCCGUCGAGAGGAUGACCCGCGACUGCGUCUCGAGGGGCGCCAACGCCGUCGUCGGCAUGAGCUUCAGCGAGGGCGAAAUUCUGGGUUUCGUUCAAGUGUCGGUAUACGGCACUGCGGUGUUUGUUGAGCGGGAGAAGCUGCCCGAGAGCUUGCUAUCGCCCAGGUGACGAGAGGAAACUACCCCCGUGAGGCGUGGGCAUCCCGGAAGAAAGAAAGAAGGACCAUUUCUAGUACCUCGGCGCGGCUUCGUGUUUUUUCCCUAGGUGCGGCUGGGUUAUGAACCCUACUUGGUUUGGGUUGCUCUUAGACGUUCUUUUCUGAUUAAUCCGCCGAGCCGGAAGGCCUCGGCGGUGGUUUCGGUCUUCCGCUUGGGCUGUAUCGAUGCUAGGUCUGCAGGCUUGCUAUUAAGGCACAGCGCCUACCUCCGCUCUUUAGGAAUUCCUACCCUUACCUGAUAUUUACAAAGGAAUCCACAUUCUCUU